UUUCCAAUUUGUCCCUGGAUGAACGUUGCCUUUCUGCAUCAUUGGUCUGCAAGUACUGGCGUGACCUUUGUUUGGAUUUCCAGUUCUGGAAGCAGCUGGAUCUUAGCAGUCGUCAGCAGGUUACUGAUGAAUUAUUGGAAAAAAUUGCAUCGAGAAGUCAGAAUAUAAUUGAAAUCAACAUUUCUGAUUGUCGCAGUAUGUCUGACACUGGCGUGUGUGUCUUAGCAUUUAAGUGUCCUGGACUUCUUAGGUAUACAGCCUACAGGUGUAAACAGCUUUCCGACACCUCCAUCAUUGCAGUUGCCUCUCACUGUCCUUUACUGCAGAAAGUUCACGUAGGCAACCAGGACAAACUUACUGAUGAAGGACUCAAGCAGCUGGGCUCAAAAUGCAGAGAACUCAAAGACAUUCACUUUGGCCAGUGUUACAAGAUCUCAGAUGAAGGCAUGAUUGUCAUAGCUAAGGGCUGCCUGAAGUUACAAAGAAUAUACAUGCAGGAAAACAAAUUGGUGACAGACCAGUCAGUGAAGGCAUUUGCGGAGCACUGCCCUGAACUCCAGUAUGUUGGCUUCAUGGGUUGUUCAGUUACUUCCAAAGGAGUCAUUCACCUAACCAAGCUGAGAAACCUUUCCAGUUUGGAUCUCCGUCAUAUCACUGAACUGGACAAUGAAACUGUGAUGGAAAUCGUCAAGAGAUGCAAAAAUCUUAGCUCUCUGAACCUCUGUCUGAACUGGAUCAUAAAUGACAGGUGUGUGGAGGUCAUUGCAAAGGAGGGACAAAACCUGAAAGAGCUGUACUUGGUGUCCUGUAAAAUCACUGAUUAUGCACUGAUCGCCAUUGGGCGAUACAGCGUGACCAUAGAGACGGUGGACGUUGGAUGGUGUAAAGAAAUCACAGAUCAAGGAGCCACCCUGAUUGCACAGAGCAGCAAAUCCCUGAGAUACUUGGGACUGAUGAGAUGUGAUAAAGUGAACGAGGUGACGGUUGAGCAGCUGGUGCAGCAGUACCCCCACAUCACCUUCAGCACCGUUCUGCAGGACUGCAAGAGGACCUUGGAGAGAGCCUACCAGAUGGGCUGGACCCCCAACAUGUCUGCCGCUUCCUCCUGAGCAGGGCAGAGCCGUGGGGGUCGGGGCUGGGGUAACAGUUUUAACCACCACCUGUCUGUCUGGACCCGUGUUCUAUUUGUGUCUUGUUUGCAUACUGCAUAGCAUAAGUGCACUUGUUAUGUCCCCAGGUGAGCUGCCUUGUGUUCCUAAAAAUGGAAGAUUAUGAAAACCAUAAAAAACUUUUUUUUUAAUCCAAAAGUUUAUUUCUCUAAAAAAAGACUUUGUGAAAUCUCAAGUCAAAAAACUGGGUGUAUUAUUUUGAGUGUCUAAGUUCUGCCACAUCUUGGAGAUGCUCAGCCAAAGGCUUUCUUUUGUGAUAGAAUACGCUGUUCACUUCCGAUUAGACCAGAACAGGAGACACACCUGCAGUUCCACGCUUGUGGACCCUCAUGUCUGUGCACGUAUGCUCAGUGAAUGUCUUGAUAAGUUAUAUCCUGACUGAGGGACCUUCCUGGAGGCCAUGGGGGGAGCAUGCCAUGCCCAGUGGUAAUGGCUGACUCACUGUGCCCACAGGUGGUCAACUUGCUGUCUUGUGGGUACCUUAGGAACUAGAGAGAAUAAAUAAAGCCUUUUGUAAAUUUGUAUAUGGAGGCAACAAUCCCUGGCCAGCUCACAAAAGUUAAUUAUUCAUUAUUCUGUAAAUGCUUUUCUGUUGAGUAAUAAAUAUUUUAGUUGGUUUUACAUUGACACCUUGUUAGCUUUUACUUUGUGGGUAGUUAUUGGCCAGGGUAUAUUUUAGUGACAUUUGGGGCUCAUCUUACAUUAUCCACAUUGAAGCCACGAAUGUAAUUAAUGGUGUGCAGUUAUUUUAAAAAUUUUAGAGAUCAUUUCAUUAUUUUGGCAAUUUUGGUAAUUAUGAAAAUAUAUUCUGAGGUGGAGUAGUCACAUUGGUAGAAGAUUAAUGAAUGAGAUGUAAGUAGACAAUCUUCCUAUUGAAUAUUUUCUUUUGCAUUGGGAUUUAGAACAGGUUUUUGGAUAUAUGCAUGUUAUAAUUUUGAAUAGUUCUCACACUACUGCAGAGAUCUACUGUUAGCUAAUGUAUGAGUUAAGGAGAGAGUUAGAAAAUCUGUUCAUUAAGAUUCAGUUUGCACUUGCCAGAAAUAAGUGUUUUAGUUUAAUUAAAUAUUCCCAGCAUUUAGUUAUCUCAGUUGCUAUCAGAAAAUGAGUAUAUGUUUUGAUUUCACACAUCCUUCCAGUUAAUCCAUUGUAGGGACUCGGGCUCCAGUAACCUCUCCUGUGUCUGGUCUAUAAUCAGGCGGCAGGGAGCCUCUUCAAGCUAAAGAGUGAUUAACUUUCAUAGUAGGAGGAGCAAAACUUUGACCUUUGAACUUGCUAUUUAUUCUCACCUCGUGUGGUCUUUGGUCUUUGACAAUUAUGAUGAGGUCUGACUUUAUUUCUUAUAAACCCUGAUGCUCCUGACGUGAUAUGAGUCGCAAGAAGCAGAAAGCAGCCUUCCGUCUGAAUGCCAUUCACAUAUGUUCGAGAACUACUUUCCUGUAGAAAUGUUGGUUUCCUUCGAGUAUGUCAACAUGCUUCUGAUGUGGCAUUUUCCUUUUUUGCUUUAAUUCCAAUCAGUUAAAAAUACUGAGAAAGUAUCAGGAAUUUUUUUUUUCCACAGCCAAACAGGUUGCUAGUUUAGUUUGAAAGAAAUACAAAUGGUUUAAGAAAAAGUUGUUUACCACUAGAAAACUACAUUUCUUCUUAUACAUUGAACUGUAUCAUUUUAUAUCCAUUUCUCCGCUACUAAAAAAAUGUUAUUUCAUAAUAUUUUAAUUGCUUUUUAACCCAAAAGUAAUUUAUAAGACUAUGUGUAUAGUAAUAGUAGCUUGAAUGAAUAAACAAAAGUUUAAUUUUUAUAUGUCACAUUAUAUGUUAAAGAGCUACACAAGGACAAAAGAAGGAAAAGUCAUCUUUGAUAUAGAUGGCAUGAUUUCAGUUCCAAGUUGAGAUCAUCUUUGGAGUGUUCUGGUGAAGUCACCGGUGGUUUCAGAUGGUAGAAUGAAUUCUGUAAAUGCUGCAUUCUUUGAAGCUGAAGCCCAGCCACUCUAACACGCUUUAGCUUGGGGGUGAGGCUGCACUUACUCUCUAAGAUAAUACAGGAAAGAUAAUACAGAGAAGCUGUGCAACAGAACUGGGAAGCUGCUUUGGCUUAUUUAUAGAACUCUGUAGAAGUAUCAUAUCCAGCCUCAAAGUAUUAAUCUCAUAGAAACAAACAAAAAAAAAAAAACAGCCAAGAAAAGCAUCACCUCAGUGACCCUGUGGAGGGUGUUGAAUGUGCUCUCAUUAGACGCUUUGAAAUGAGGCUUAAAAUACUUUUUCUGGGCGAUAUAGUUCCUUUUUUGCUUAGCCUAUCAUAAAUACAUGUGAACACAUUUAAUGCGGGGCUGUUUAUCCUCUCCAAAUGUCAACAGUAUUUUCAGAAUAAAGCCUAUGAAAUUUACUGCUGCCGUGGAAAAGUCUGGUCCUUUGUAUUUAAUGUCCUUUUGAGUGGAUAAAGAAAAUUCACCCAGUUUGUAGUUUCUAUAUUUCUGUGAAUCUUUUGACCUUGCAAUGGGUUGCAAUAAAAGAGAAA